AUGCCUAUUAUCUUAUCAAGGAAUGUCACAAUAAGGUGUAAUUCAACACUUUAUAAUUUAGUUAAAUCAAAGACAACUUCAUCACUGCUUUAUAACAAUUCACAAAUAUGUUUUUCCGGCUAUCAAGUUAAAAGACAUAUUUUUGGUUUAGGCAAUAUCACCGCUACAGCUUCAAUACCUGAACAAAAAUAUAUUUUGAAUAAAACGGUUAUCGCACCAGUAAAUAUAAUGUAUGACGUCGUAUCAGAAGUUUCUAAAUAUCAAGAAUUUAUUCCAUAUUGUGUCGAAUCAUUUGUUAACAAACGAGAUCCUAAAACCAACAAACCAAUUGAAGCAGGUUUGCGUGUUGGUUUUAGGCAAUAUGAUGAAAAAUUUGUUUGCAAGGUAAUUUGCAAUUGCAAUAUUAAUAGUAAUGAUAAAACUGUGAUCGACAAUAACAUAAAAAAUGAUGAGGUGAAAACCGUUGUUGCUGAAUCUUUAACACAUGGCUUAUUUGAUGUUUUAUAUACAAAAUGGACAAUUAAGCCACAUCCUACCCGUACUAAUGCCUCCGAAGUUGAAUUAUUACUGAAAUUUAAGUUUCAUUCAAGAUUGUAUAAUAGUGUUUCUUCUAUAUUUGCAAAAAGUGUUACGGAAUUGGUUAUGAAUUCCUUUAGUAAACGUGCUGGAUUUGUACAAAAACAACAACAUUUAAGAUCAAAAAAGUUGUAA